UUUCUAUUUUGUAAGUUUGCUCGUCUAAAAAAGUAUAUCGGAAGGUACCAAGCUAAGACAUUGUGGGAAAAUAUUCCGUAUCAACUUCACACAUAAUUCAUGAUGGUCUUGAAUUAUAGAUUGUAGACAUGGAUUCUAAAGAUAACCAGGUCCAUCCAAAUUCGCAAGACUAUAAUCAACACCCAAAUGCUCCAAGCUAUAACCAAGCACCACCGUCUCAGUCUAUGCAAAGGUACGAUCAAGUACCACCACAACAACAACAACAGUCAACUACUGUUGUUAUUGCACAGCCACAACAGCAUGGUAACCCACUUUUACUUGUAGACAGACACGGUAUCAGGGACUGGUCUACUGGAAUAUUUGAUUGCUGUUCUGAUGUCGGCAAUUGUUUGUUCACUUUUUGUUGUUGCUCUUGUGCUAUGGCAUCUUUAGCAUCGCGUCUUGGUGAAUGUUGUUGUACUAUGUGCUGUGUUCCUGCCGCGCCAAUAAAUAUGAGAACCAGAAUAAGGACCAUGGGUGGAAUAAGAGGCGACAUGUGUAAUGAUUGUUUGACAGUUUCGUGCUGUUAUAUGUGUGCGGCAUGUCAACAAGCGAGAGAACUAAAGAAUAUGGGAUUAUAAGGAAUACUUUAGUGUUGUUUAAUAAGCAGAAUACUAUUG